AUGGAUGCCAAAAUCGUCCCUAAUGUUAUUCCGACGUUUGACCCGAUCGCAGUAUUGAAUGUCGCUUUCAAGACAUCUAAUUCGACCAUUGGGGUCACUCCAGCAACCAAUCUCACCGUUGAACAGACGGCGCAGCCACCCAGUUUCGCACUGACUUCCUCCAACACCACCCUCGACGGCCAGACGUUCGUGAUUGUUAUGAUCGAUCCCGAUGCGCCUACUCCCACGAACACGUCGUGGUCGCUUGUCCGCCACAUCUUGGCAGGGGAUUUCCAUGCGUCGGGAAACUUUAGCCUUGGUGCACCACUGACGAACUCGAGUGCUGCGAUCACACCCUUCAUCGCACCCGGCCCUCCCGCAGGGUCACCUCCCCACAGGUAUAUCCAGCUUCUGUUUAUUCAGCCUCCCAACUUCGACACCCUUGCUCCCGAAUAUGUGAACACCUCCAGCUCAAUCCCUGCACGCUUGGACUGGAACCUCACCUCCUUCAGCAAGGAGGUCGGUUUGGGUAGCCCUGUUGCAGGGAACUUCUUUUAUACUGGCCCCGAUGCAUCAAAUGCGUCGUCUUCCAGCACGUCGUCGGCGCCUUCUUCAACCUCCUCGCCUUCCGCUGCUAAGGGCAUGUCAGACAACUCUUCCCUGUCAAUCAUAUUCGCGACAUGGGCACUGACGGCUUUGGCGUUGGGUCUCCAAGUUCUGUCGUAG